AUGCCGCAUAAUGAAAUGAAUGAACGCGAGCUAUCUGCCUUGAAAGCUGUCAUCAAGUGCAUUGAGGAGCACAAGCUCGACGAACAAUACCCUAUUGAUCCUCUUCAGAAAAGGGUGAUCCAGCUGGAGGAGAAAGCCAGGGCAGACAAGAAGAGAGCUGUUCAAGCAGCAAAGCCACACAGUCCAAGAGGCCUCGUGCCAGUGGAUCAGUCUAUGCACCCCGUGUUACCAGCCUCCCCGAAAAAAGCUUCUAUCAGGCAACCCAAGAGACAGGUACCCUACCCUUAUGAGAGGCAGUUUGUGUACAGUGCCGGAGGUCCGUCGUCCUACGAUGAUAAGUCCAUCCCCGUACAGCAUAUCACCUGCCCCCGCACCAUAUUAUGCUAA